AUGUGCACUACUCCUCUUCGCAACUAUCUUGCAGCACCGCAAUGUGCCUAUGAGUUUCAGCUACUAAAACCACAAUUGCUUGAAGCUAGCUUACACGAUUUAUUCUCAUUUAUAUGGGCUCGCGAUCCUUACAGCUACGAUCACCCACGGUAUCGCCUCCAGGUAGCCUUUAGCAUCCUAUUGAUAUUCUACAUAGGGCUGCAUCCUAAUGUUGCUUUGAAAGAAGGGCUGUACUACAGCGAUACGGAGAUCUUUCUCACCUGGUUUGAAAAUGCCCCUCGAGUUUUGCUCACUAUUCGUCUUGAGGAUCGGGAUGCGUUGGCUACGCAAAAGCGGAAAAGGAAAAGAAUGAUUCUCAUUGAUGAGCCUACGAACCGUCAUUUGUGCCCUGUUACUCUAUUUCUCUCAAUGGCUAUCGCGGAUGGCGUUGUUGAUGGCAUUACUUGUGACAGCGAUAUCGCAGCGCUGUCCAGUCACUGCCAACAAUCUGGAUGGCUACCCCUCCCCUAUAAGCUUGGCUCAUUACAUCUCCCAGUACUUCGAAGGACUGGUAACAGGUCGAGAGUGAUGUCAUCAUGUAUUAUGAAACCUUCUGCUCUCUACAUUAUGAUGCAGGAGCAAUUUGAUCGGGCUGGACAUGAAGCCACUUUUUCGACUAUGCUCCGGGAUGUGAGGAAUGCGAAUCAGCGGGAACGGCGACGGAAAGCCGCAACUGAUCAUAUGAAUGCAGAGACGCUUCUGAUGGGGCGUGGACAAGGAAGAUGUAUCUCCACGAUACUCGCUUUUGAACCAACGAUCCCUCCAGAAAAAAAGACAUUCCAUACAACUGCGAGUCUUCAACCACCCUAUCCGCUACCACACAUGGUAGAUGUUCAACUCAGGUAUGACCUCACACGCUCAACAAUCAUAUCUUAUCUCUUCGGGUCAUAUGCCGUAUAUCAUACCCUUCCUGAUAUACUUUACGCUUUUGCCAAGGCAGCCGAGUCAGUUGCGCAUGAGCCAUUCUAUGUGGAUGCUUUCCCUGAUGCCUCUGGAAGCUGUCCAUGGUGUGGAGCCCAGCUGAAACGGUGCUCACAAAGGAGCAAGAACCACAUUAUGGAAACACAGCUCAAUACAUCCCUUCGGGCGAAGGAGUGGAAAUCUUCGAUUCCUUUCAUGAUGCAGAAGGGGCGGCGAGUCACAUGGGAAAUCAUGUAA